AUGGAAGGGAACCAGGAGCCUACCAACCUGGAAUUGGAGCUCGAGGGGUUCCAGAAACAGGGCUAUUUUGUUCAAAAGCAAGGCCCUCGUCUCGAACCUCCCCGUAGCAAUGAAAUUGUUGCCACCGGUGGGGUAGCAGUUGCUGUCUAUACCAUGAAUUCGGUGCUUCUGUUCGUAAUGUGGUCUCUCGUAGCUGCUAUACCUUGUCAGGACCGUGGCCUGCAAACCCAUCUCUCCAUCCCUCGCCAUUUCCCAUGGGCAAUCUCAAUUCUUUCACUCCAAGAGCGGAUCACGGAGGAAUCCAAGAAACGGGACCGAAAGAAUGCGAGUGGGUUGUUGAAAGAAAUCCAUCAAAUUGAGAAAUGUGUGCAUCACUUAACGAAAAUGGCCGAUGCAGUUCAGUUUCCCUUGACGGAGGAACGGGAGAAGGAGGUGAGACAGGGAGCAUUGGAUUUGGCAUUGGUAUUGGAUACAGUGAGAGAGGGAUUAGAUCCUUUGGAGCGCCAGGUAAGGGAGGUGUUCCAUAGGAUCGUGCGUAGCCGAUCUGAAGGUCUGGACUGUAUGGGUAAGGCAAGCAAUUCUGAAUGAUCUGAAAUUCUGAAACCUGAAUUCUGGUCCACCUUCAGUGUGCAUCGAAUUGUACAAUUUUGCAACAUAUGUUUGGGUGAUUUUUGGUUUUCUGGGUAUGCAACUCAGU